AUGCCGCCGUCAGGCUCCAACGAGGGUCCACCGGCCUUCUUCGUGGCCUUCGAAGACUAUACCUUCAACAGGUCGCUGUCGGUCCCGGACAACUUCAAGACGCUCGCCGCCAAACGCGGCUGGGGCGUGGGCUCCAAGCUUUGGCAUCGCCAGUGGAAAGCUUGCUUCGGCCGCGCGUACGCCGCCGACCAGGACCCGUUCGACUUCUUCAAGACCUUCUCCGGCUACCGCGUCGACCGCGCGACCUCCGUCCUUGAGAACUUCAAGCGCCUUGCCAUUCGCCGUCACUGGGGUGCGGGCUCCAAGCUCUGGCGCCGCCAGUGGCGCGCCUGCUUCGGUACCGUCUACACCAACGACGACAACCCUUUCAAUGGUGAUGGAGAUAGCUUCGCCGGCACCGCUGACUCGUCCGCUGCUUUCAAGCCCGACCACACCGCGACGCUGGAAACCGAAUUCAAGCGUAUGGCGCUGCAUGAAGGCCUCAAGCCCAGCGAUGACAACUACGCCGAACGCCGCACCCACUUCUACCAGCAGGAGUUUACCCGCUUCUUCGGCAACGACAAGCUGCGCAACCUCCAGAAGCUCUGCCGCAUUAUCGACGUCCCGGUUGGAGAUACCAUCACUCAAUGCAAGAAGGCACUUCAAGACCUGGACGUGAUGAUCAACCUUGUCAACCUGAUCAACCACAUGCGCACUCUGCCUCCCGAGCAGACUCUUGACAACAUGGCUGUGUUGGAAGUCGCUGCCAAAGAGUUUGCCGGCCCGUGCAAAGAGGUGGGGCUGAUCAGGUUUGAGAGCUGGGAAGCCUUCAGUAGAUACACUAAGCGCAAUCCCUUCCCUAAGAGAGCCGCGAAGGCCAACGGCUUCGUCAACAACUUGCUGCGGGAGAUGCAGAAGCUGUCUUCGCGCUGCACUGCGUAA